UUUGAAAACAUCUCGAGACAGAAUGCAGGCUUGUGAAGUCGCUGCACUGAUAUUGCUGACUGUAGUGAGCUGCUCCAGACAGUAUGAAGAGCUGCCCCAGACUACACUCACCCUGGAGCAUCCAUUCCCAGAGAUAUUCACCGGGGAGACAGUCACUCUGAGGUGUGGGGUUGAGGGGGGUUCUGCUGGCUGGAAAUAUCUCUGGUACAAAGACAGUGAGGACACUCCAGUGCUCCAGACUGCUGGACGCAGUAUAACUGGUGACAGCUACACAAUCACUGCAGCUGCUGUAUCUGACCAGGGCCAGUACUGCUGUCGAGGACAAAGAAAAAAUCGACCAAGUUCCUCUCAGCUCAGUAAUCCUGUUACACUGACUGUGUCUGAGCUGCCGAAGGCUGUGCUGACCAGCAGUCCUCAAUGGGGAGAGCUGUACACUGGAGAGACUGUCACCCUGAGCUGUGGGGUUGAGGGGGGUUUCACUGGCUGCCAAUAUCUCUGGUACAAGAGCAGUCAGGGAGGCACAGUGCAGAUCAGAGGCACCACUGGAGCCAGAUACACACUCAGCCCUGUCACUCAGUCCCAUAGUGGAGAGUACCAGUGUGAGGCACAAAGAGGAGAUCCACCACGUUCCUCUCAGCGCAGUGAUCCUGUUACACUGACUGUGUCUGAGGGACGACCAAAGCCUGCACUGACCCGGGAGCCUGCAGGAGAGAUAUUUGAAGGAGACACGGUCACCCUGAGCUGUGUGGUUGAGGGGGGCUCUGGAGGCUGGAGAUAUCUCUGGUACAAAGACAGGCAGGGAGCUCCAGUGAACCAGACUGACAGCAGCAGUGGAACUGGAGCCGGAUACACAAUCAGUGCUGCUGCUCUGUCCCACAGUGGAGAGUACUGGUGUCGAGCUGGACGGGGCAGGAACACGUCUUACUCACAAUACAGCGAUCCCAUCUGGGUAAAUGUAACUGGUGAGUAAUACAGAAUCUCCUUCCUUUUCACUAAAGCUUUGCCCUCAGCAGUAGGGGGUGCUGUUUGGUUCUGCUAGAGGUGAUUGGGAGCCUCAAUC